GCACGAAAGCUUGCAUUUGCCAAGGAAAAUAAUGCUGUCGCAAUCCCUGCUGAGUGGUGUCCGUGUGCUGCGCACCGAGGCCCGUCGUAACUUCGGAAUCGUGGCCCCCGCCCUGAACAAGGCCGCCGAUCCCAUCCAGCAGCUGUUCCUGGACAAGGUGCGCGAGUACAAGCAGAAGAGCGCUGGUGGCAAGCUGGUGGACUCCAAUCCCCAGAUUGAACGCGAGCUCAAGACCGAACUGGACCGUGUGGCCAAGCAGUUUGGAAGCGAUGGCAAGACCGAUAUGCUGAAGUUCCCCGAAUUCAAGUUCCCCGAGGUCAAGGUGGACCCCAUUACCCAGGCCGCUCAGUAAAGAUCGAACCUCGCCUAUGAGUUAGUCUAAUUGCUUUAAGUUCUGCUGCUGAUUUCGUCUGUGCGCCUACAAAACCACGGGUCCUACGUUAGCAACAACCAAUAAAAUCGGGAAAACGACAAGCGAAACGUUUGUAAAAAUCA